AUGAAGAAUGGCAGAGUGGCGCUGAAGAAGAAGUCGGCUAAGGCCAAGUUCAGGGUCAGCCAGGCUCUGCGUGUUCCAGCCCGCGUCUCCUCCGGCCCACGCCUUCCAGGCUCAGGCUCAGGCUCAGAGCUCACUCUAGCCCGGGAGCACCCAGAUGUGACCUGCCACCCAGACACCAGACACCGUGGCCAGAAGUCCCCAGUCUGCCAGUUUGGCGCGGGCACCGAGUCCUACUUCUUGCUGCUGCGCUUCCUGCUGUUUCUCAACGUGCUGGCCUCGCGCUGGGGCGGCAAGCGCGAGGUCAUGUACACCGCCUUCAAGGCGCUGGGCGACUCCGUGGACUACGUGCAGGUCUGCGACUCAGACACGAGGCUGGACCCUAUGGCCCUGCUGGAGUUGGUGCGGGUGCUGGACGAUGACCCCCGAGUGGGGGCUGUUGGGGGGGACGUGCGGAUCCUCAACCCUCUGGACUCCUGGGUCAGCUUCUUAAGCAGCCUGCGGUACUGGGUGGCCUUCAACGUGGAGCGGGCCUGUCAGAGCUACUUCCACUGUGUGUCCUGCAUCAGUGGUCCCCUAGGCCUGUACAGGAACCACCUCCUGCAGCAGUUUCUUGAGGCCUGGUACAACCAGAAGUUCCUGGGCACCCACUGCACUUUUGGGGAUGACCGGCACCUCACCAACCGCAUGCUCAGCAUGGGCUACGCCACCAAGUACACCUCCCGCUCCCGCUGCUACUCGGAGACGCCGGCGUCCUUCCUGCGCUGGCUCAGCCAGCAGACGCGCUGGUCCAAGUCCUACUUCCGCGAGUGGCUGUACAACGCGCUGUGGUGGCACCGGCACCACGCGUGGAUGACCUACGAGGCGGUGGUCUCGGGCCUCUUCCCCUUCUUCGUGGCGGCGGCCGGGGCCGGCUCCUUCCUGGGCUACUGGGCGCUCAUGCUCACGCUCUACUGGGUCGGGGUGCGGAGGAUCUGCCGGCGCCGGGCGGGGGGCUACCGCGUGCAGGUGUGAGUCCGGGGGCGCGGGGGCUGGCCCAGGUGGGGCAUGCACGCGAGAGGAGACACCGACCGCGCCCCAGGAGCCACGAACUUGCUGGGGUGUGGAGGGCGGGGGGAGUUCUCUGGGCCUCAGUUUCCCUCUUCUAUGAAGUGAGGGGAGGGGGUGGUAAACUCAAGAUUCUUCAGCCUGGACUGUUCUGGGGCUGGGACUUCUGGGUCUCUGGGGGAGGGGGGGUAUUUAUUGAUCAGGGUGUGAUUUUUAGGGGCAUGGGGUGGGGAAGGGGUCCCCACCUUCUCCCUGCUCUUAUUUAAUCUCCAUUUGUACUGUGUGAUUAGGUUGUAAUAAAAGUUUUUAUUUAUUUUC